CCAAACCAGCGAAUUAGGUUACCUAACUCGAGACUGCAAAGUCAGCAGACAUCUUAUACUUAAUUCUGAAUUCAUAUCACCCCUCACAGUCAUGCAAUCAAGCAAACGAACAACCAUUCCUUCUUUUGUUCUCUUCCUCUUGUCUUCAGCAUCCAUCCCCCUCAUUUUCAAUUUUUGAAUCCCCUCUCCCCCAAAAAAUCACCACUUCAGUCCUUCUUCCCUCCUUUCUUUUCAACUCUUUCUUAUAAACCUCCAGGCUCCAAAACACACGCUUCCUUCCGGCUUCCCAUUCUUCCCCUUCCCCCCAUACCAACCAUCUCUCUCUCUCUCUCUCCUUUCCCUUCCUUCUCUGCUCAAUCGCUUUCCUCUCCUGCCCCCUUCCGUCGUCUACCCCUACAUUUUCCGUUUCCGCUUUUGCUUGCUUGUUUCUUCCGGCGGAUCGGAAAAGCUGAAAUAGGAAAGGGGGGGAACGUCGACAUGUCGGUCAGUUCCAGAGGAAGAAACGCAGAGCUUCGUAUUCCGAGGAAAUGGACGGACAGAGAAGCUACUCCUGAGCGAAUCAGAGUCUGGGGUCACCCCCACGCCACCAACAAUGCCGCUCAAGAAAAUGACGAUAAUAAGGCCACAAACAGUUUCCCCGAGGAGGAGAAGAAAGUCCCCGUCGUUUACUACCUCUCCAGAAAUGGACAGCUCGAGCACCCUCAUUUCAUGGAAGUCCCCCUCACCGCUCCCGACGGUCUCUAUCUCCGAGAUGUGCUCGACCGCUUGAAUCUUCUCCGCGGCAAAGGCAUGGCUGCUCUCUACUCUUGGUCCUGUAAACGGAGCUACAAAAGCGGUUUCGUCUGGCACGAUUUGGCGGAGAGCGAUUUCAUCUACCCGGCCCACGGCAACGAGUACGUCCUCAAAGGCUCGGAGCUUCUCGAACCGCCGCCGCCGCCGCCGCAGAAAUCGCUCGUCGACUCCACUGCUUCCUUCAGAUCCGUCAAAUUACCGGCCGAGAUUCAGAGCCACAAGUCAUCUUCAUCGUCCCCGCCGUCAAGCGACGAUCUGGAUGCUCGCCCGCUGGUCACGCGGCGGAGGAACCAGUCCUGGAGCUCCAUCGAUCUGAGCGAGUACAAGGUGUAUAAAGCGGAGCCGUUCUCCCAGUCGAGCCGGAGGCUGGCAGCGGACGCGGCGACUCAGACCGACGACAAGAGGCGGCGGAGGAGGCCGGUGAAGCCGGCCGAGGAGGAAAUAGGAGAGAUCGUUGAGGCGUCAGACGUCGGCGGAGCGAGGCGGGACCGCCGGGAGCUUGGAGGAGGAAGCAGAGAGGAGAUCGAGAUCUCGCCCCCGCCGUCGGACUCCAGCCCGGAGACGCUGGAGACGUUGAUGAAAGCGGACAGGCGGCUGAUACUGGGCGGGAGGAGCGGCGGAACGGAGAACUCGAAUCCGACGGCGGAGAACGACGGAAGGGUGAAGGCGUCGACGGUCCUGAUGCAGUUGAUUUCCUGCGGGUCCAUCUCGUUCAGGGACUGUGGGGCCGCGACGGUGAAGGAGCAAGGGCUCUCUUUGAUUGGGCAAUACAAGGGGAGGCUGCCACGUGGCGUCGGGGACCACUUGGCCGGGGCAUCCUGGGAACUUGGGAUUUCUCCAGGGGUAAGAUUGGAAGAUAAAGAGUAUUUUAGCGGGAGCGUGAUCGAGACGAGGAAGGAAGAGAUUCCUGCUGCUCUGAAGCGGUCUAAUUCCUACAAUGCUGACAGCAGGAUGUCACAGUUGCAACAACUGGGGGAGAAGGAGAUGGAAGGAAGUAGUGGCCGCCGCAGUGCCGCGGCCACGAAAUGCAUCCCGAGGAGGCUGCCCAAAGCCGGGGCGGCAACGCCGAGCAGGAAAGAAAAGGAGAAGGGUAGCAGCAGCCACCACCAGGGUGAUGGAAUUAACAGCAGUCAGGGUGGCGGUGGCGGUAGUGGGAGCAAGAGAUUUGAGCCGACCAACGUCCAGCAAGUUGAGGGAAUCCAAGAUGGGAGUUAAUUAAUUUAUAUUACUUAUCGAGAUGGAAGAAAGAGGAAUGAAUGUCUCGCCUAUAUUGUAAAUGACGAACAUGGGACUGUUAGUUUCUAGCUAGUUUUAGUUUUCCGGGCACGGCACGGCACGGCACGGCGAGCAGAACAUACAUCCAUGGCGGGGAGAGAGGGAAUUGAGGAAAAGUUUGCUUUUGGGGAAUCGAAUCUACACAAAAGUAAGAGAAGCAAAAGGGGAGUGAGGCUCCUUUUUUUUUCAUUCUCUUUUGUGGAAGGUUGCGAAAGUGUCUGGUGGGUUGAGGAGCUGUGCGAUGAUGGCGCGGCCUUGGUGUCUGUAAUUUUCAGAAACUGAUGUAGAAAUCUAUGACUAAUAAUAAUAAGUUAAUAACAUGGUCUCCCAAUCUUCAAGUAA